CCGCACUGAGCAUGCUCCGUCGCUCUGCUUACGUAGAACUCAGAUAACACACUACCACCCACUCAAAUAACGUUAUUUCGCAGUUAUUCAUGUUUUACUAAACAUUUAACAGUUGACAUAUUGUCCCUUAAAGUUUGAUUAGUUCGGGAAGUAUGUGAGUUGUUCGGCAAAUGUGAGUGAGUCCAGUGUCAUAUGUUUCGUUUGUGCUAAAAUGGAGGAACUUCUCCAGGACAUAUAUAAGGAAGCAUCGGGAGUAAAGUUCACGGCUCUGCGGAAAUCAUGUCAGGAUGCACUAGAGCUACUAUGCAUGCAAGAGAACAAUGCACGUCGUCCAUCGUACGAGCUUCGCCGCGCGUGCCUGCUGCCGCUGCAGACGGCACUGGAGACCAAGCGUCCGCGGUUGGUAACCUACGCCUUACAGGGGUUCCAUAAAAUACUACGAGAUGACCGCUUCCAUCGCGGAAUCGAACCUGAAGAUGACUCUUUAUGGAUGCCUUCCCAACUGCUAUGCGCAACGGCUUCGGUUAUGUACCAUUUGCCAGAUACUCAGGUACAAAUCUUCCGCAUGUACCUCUCCCUCGCGUUGUCCCCUCGCCGCACUCUCAACGGUCGGCUCUGCGUGUGGGCUUGCGGCCGCUGCGGUGAAGCGGCUGCCGCACCACCGCAUGUCGCUGCGGCGGCUAGGGCAGCUGCCGCUCAGGCUCUUAGAGCUUAUUGCGCACAAUUAGAUGAAGAAUGCCAAGAGCUCCUGUCGGAAGGUUCUCCACUUGGCAGGAACCACAUCGUAGCUUUGGGCUGCUACAGCGAAGUUAUACCUGUCAUACAGUACCUAUGCAGUCGACUGUCCGAAACGCAACUGACCCCAAAACAGAAUCCUCUAGCGCUGUUCUUCCUAGACUGUCUACUGACUCUCAUGUCCAGUCUGUCUGAGCGAGUCUGCGGCAACUCACACUUCACCACUUUCUUGUGGCAGAAGUUCUGUCCAUCAUUGAUAUCUUUUCUUGGAACACCGAGAGUGGAUAAGAAUAUUAAAUCGAGAGAGCACGAUGGUCAUUUGGUUGAUGACUCGGGCAGAGGAUCCGGCGCAUUGAACUCUGCGCCCAGCUUCAAUGGCAAACAAGCUAAAGCUAUUUACAGCAUAGCAAAUCAGCUAGUCCGACUGGUAGGUUCCACUUCGAACCUACGUCCCGUCCUCGAAGCUCUCUACCACCGGAUGCUCCUGUACCCUCCCGUGUCACACCGGGUGGAACCGCUGAGGAGCACGAGGGAACUGCUGCAGAAUCCUAAACGAUUGUGUCAGCUGGUGCUGCUGAAGAAAGUCGAUCAUCAUGAGAGACAUAGUGAUGAUAUGGCUAUUGUAAGAUUAAUAAUGGACGGCAUAGAAGAAUGCGGUAGAAGUGGGAACCCAGAAGUAGUGGCAGCUGCAGUAGAAUGCGUGGUGUCCUUAUUGGAUGCGCUAGAGAAGCUAUGUUCAGGCUCUACAGAGUACAUAUCGCCGGAGAUAGCUGCACUCAUGCUGGGACACUGGCCGAAGCUACAAGAUGCUGAUUAUACAGGACCUUUGACCUAUCAGACGUUGGCUAGGCUGCCGAGUCCUUACAGGGAUGUUGUUGCUGUGUUGCAAAGCAGCGAAUCGAAAGAACAUGACUCAUCAGAUACAUCAGGCCCAGAGAACGUAAGCUCAGGCAGUGACGGCGAAGCAGACUCGGAUGCUGACAACGUGUUCCUGCCAUCUCGCGCCAGCAAUCCUCACUCUAAUGAUAAUGACAAGAGUGCUCUUAACGAGAAGACUAAGGCCGUGCCGAAGACUUUGAACCUUGGACGAUGCACCAUCACAGAGUGUAACGUGGACUUGGAGAGACACAACGCGCGGCAGUUCAUCAAGACACUGCAAAACUCUCUCUUACCCAAGUUACUGAAUCUCAGAACUUGUAUUGAGGUGGACGAAGCAAUGCAAGAGUUUGCUUCUAAAUGCUGCCAGCACAACGCAUCGCAGCCGCCCGCCACCGCCUGCAUCAUGAACGCAGACGGCGUCUACCUCGCUACAUAUGCUGCUUUGUUACUCACUCUUAAACAGAGGAAAACGAAUUACUAUAAUCAGCCUAGUAAGGUGCAAGUAUCGCUAACAGAAGACGAGUUCGUAGAAGAAGUGCAAGGCAGCGGUGUGCUCGUAUACCUAUCAGCGACAUGGCUGAGAGAGUUGUAUCAACAAGUCCUCGCUACUGAUCUGCUGAAAGAAGUUCCUACUACCGACCAUCCACUUGUGCAUUUACUAUCAGAUCUUGGAGGAUUGGACCAAAGCCCAGUAAUGUCAGACUGGCAGAAAUUGAAAGAGGUAUCCUGUUUAUAUAACAACACCAUUGAUUCUCCGCAGCAUGAUGCUAGCUUACGUUGGGCUAGAAGGAUUUUAACCUGCAUUUGGGAUUCAAUGGUAACGGUAUUGAGUGUGCCUCUGACAGGGUAUGGUAAUAAAAAGCAGAAACUGCAUGGUAUGAUAUCGAAGAAGAUAAAUACUUUUGGGAAAAGGAAGAGAAUUGCUUGGGAAGGGCUCACGAUACAGUGCCUUGAAGGACUUCAUAAGGCUGCGAGAGUAAGCAAUACAUUGAGCUUACAAAAUCGCUGCAGCAGUAUUUUGGCUCUCUUAGCUAACUCUGCCAUCUCGCAGCCUCCUAAUGGAAAAAUACUAUCGACUCAUGCCCUGUCUUUGGACAUCUUGAUAACAGGUGGUUUAGAACUCGGAUCAAAAGCUCCGGAAUGUUGGGAGCAUAUCUUCGCGGCUUGUCAAUACGUAUCCAGUUUUGAACACUCGCUGUUUGGACAUCAAGGGAACAAUGCUACGCCCAUAGUUACCAUGCAGACUGGGAGAAAUAAAACUGUUUCUAUACUACAAGCUGAUGCAAAAUUGGGAUUGGAUGGCAGAGAUGAUGAAACUUGUGUUGACGUCUUCAACUUCCUGCAGCCAGUGUUUGAGAGUAAUUUGAACAAUGACAUGUCAGUUGCCAAGAUUGUAGAAACCUGCAGGCAAGAAGGAGGCAACGUGAUAUCAGGUUCAGGUGCAGCACGAGUGUGUUGUGCCCUCACAGCGGCAGCAGACACACUGUUCACACGUCUAGCCGCGACCACCACGCUGCCAACACUGAAGGCUGCAUUACAGAGACUGGUCGCUCAUCAACAUCGAUUGCUAUUCUGCACAUGGGAAUCAGACUCCCACAACAACAACGUGUGGUGGUGGCGACGAGGUUCAAGUGGUACACGUGGCGGUGGUGGCGGCGAGGCGGCGCGAGCUCUGUGCCGCGCGGGGGACGUGGCGCUGCGGUGCCUCAGGGCUGCCAGACCUCUUGCACAUCGCAUGGCUAUAUGGACCGUUGUGGGACCGCACUUUAUGCAGGCGGCCUGUCACAAGGACAUCCAAAUCGCAAGCCUAGCUAUCCAGUGUCUACACGACUGCGCGACUGCACUACUCAACCAACAAGUUGAGCUGCCUCACUUCCACUUCAACGAAGCGCUGCUGAAACCCUUCGAGAACCUUCUCUGCCUUGAACUAUGUGAUGAUGAUAUACAGGAACAAAUCAUAUCCUGCAUCUGUGAAUUCGUGGAGACAAACAGAAUGGAAAUAAGGUCAGGCUGGCGACCACUGUUCAAUACAUUGCGGGCCGCGAACAAUUCUAACCAAUAUUCCGCCAUUUUAGAAAUAUUUAAAGUAUUUCUUAGCACAGACAACACGCUCGUAUUCGCGAACGCUGCUCUUGACUGUAUUUUGUGCCUUUUAAGUCAUAUCAAAGGGUUACACUACGAAGAAGUUCAAGCAACUGAAGUGAAACCUAAGAAAGCUACAACACCAACGCAACCCAAACCUAGUCUUAGUCUCAAAUUCUCAAAGAAUAGCAAAUUCAUCCCUCUCAGUGAAGAGAAAUCAGAAAAAGUCAUUGUAGAUAUGUGUAGAGAGGCGUUGUAUCACUUGGAAAGUUGCGCAGACAUUUUAACAAUGAUGUACAAUAUGCCGAAGUGUCCUAUCUUCAAUACUGGCAAUAGGAUCAAAGGAGACAUGCCUUUGUGCGUUGUAGAUCCUAUAAUACCAAGUGCAUCCCUUGAUAUUACCAAGUUCAUUUCUAAUGAACAUUACGAAGAAGAUCUCAUUUCAUACCGAAAAUUAUCAACAAGUCUUCCUCCUUCAAAUACGACUAAUAACUGCCUCUUAAAACUUGAUAAACCAAGCAACAUACUAAAAGUGUGGUAUGUUCUCAUCGAAGGAUUAAUCUCGGCUACGGUAGUUUGUUCGAAGAAAAAUCAACCAGCCGCGAUGGAAACACUAUUCAAACUUUUAAGAAAUACGGUUGAAGUUCCUGGCACACACUUUGGCCUUCACUGUAUAAAUCACCUACUUCUGCCAACGGUUCAAAACUGGCUUCGGCAGAUUGCAAAUGUAAAUACUCACUGGGACAGUGUGAUGCCAAACUUUAAACAAUGCUGUGGUAUGACGACUGAUACAAUCGUCGUAUAUCUGCAUCAUUUGCAGCAAAUAAAUGUUGAACGAUCUACGGUUGAUGAGAAAAAUGAUGGAACUGAAAUAGAACCCAUUGAGAGUGUAGAAGCAACGUUUGCUUUGAAGCAAGUCAUGCUUAUUCUCGUCGAAUGUAUCGCUCAACCACAAGAACCAAUUGCUCGGUUAGGAGCAUCGUGUAUAAGACAUAUAAUCCUUACUUCAGGACACCUCCUAACAGACAACCAAUGGGAAAUAGUGUGCACAAGUCUACACAGAGCUUGCAAUGUUAGUCUUACACCUUUGAAACAAUUGACGUAUGCUUUCAAAGAAAACUCAAACAGUUUUUACGGAGAUUUAGCGAUAGUUAAAGUAGCUGCAAGGCGGGAUUGUUCAGUCAAUGAUAAUGUAAGACUGCAUGCAAUGGCGCAACAAGUGUUCCUUACUGAACAAUUAAAAGGCGAUGGACAUGUGAAGAUAACUCCUAAGAACUCAUCCCAGAAUCUCAUGCUGAUUGAUGAUCGGAGUUAUAUAUUCCUAAUUUAUUUGCAAGAAUCCAUUAACUCUCUAAACCCUGAGUUAUACACUGUAAGAAUCCCUCACAGAGGACUGGUCGUUGGAUUACUGGCACAUCAAAUUCUGGUUCAAAUAAUUGCUACCGUUCUUAUUCAAGCAUCAUCAGAUGUCUUCCAAGGUAUCAACAGUAUCUUACUGGAUAGUCUGAAAACUGGUUCCAAUGUUUGCAACUAUAAAUUCUUCUUAAACUGUGACAAUACUGACUUGUUGUUAAGAAGUUUAGAACUAUCUUUUACAAGAGCCAUGCAGUUUGAUUCAAGACCAGGCUUGAAGUUUCUGGUUCAAAAAGUAUCCAACUUAGACCACGCUGCAAACCUGUACAAACAGACCACUUCUUCGUGGCUCAUCAAAAUCAUUGCUCUAACAGAGAUAUUCUACAAUGGCGUACACAGAUUUAAACUAAAGUCAGCAGAUAUACCAAUUAUAUUGCACAACUAUACUACCACAUUGAAUUUGACGCUCGAGUACGAUAGGUUUGUGACAAAAAUAUUCGAUCUCAAACAUACAUGGGAGCUACUAUGUCACAAUUAUGUAAAACACCUGAUAAGUGUAUCAGACUUUGAUGACCAUGAUGUGAAAGAAAGGAUUUCUUGUAGUUCAGUAGAAAGUGAUAACUCCUCAAAUCAUUACGACCAAUAUUACGCGCAGGAACCAAACGAGAAUGCUGAGGAAUCUGUUAUCAACAAAGAGUCUGAUACUAGCCCGGAAAAGCGUAUAGAGAAACCAAAACCAUUCACAUUCGCUGAUUUCAAAGCUAACAGUCAAGGCCUAAUUACGGUCGAGGUGCACACUGAACAUUUACCAUCAAACAAAAAUCCUAAGGAAGAAACGGUAGCUUCUGAUACUGAUGAAACUAACGACCAUGAUCUCGCUGCUGAUAACGAAAAGCCUAAAAAUGGCCAUGUAUCACAAGAAAUUGGGAUACACAAAGAGACUCCUAUAAAGGAAAAGAAAGGGAGUGUACCGGAUAUAAUAGAAAAUCAUAACAUAGAUACACGAAAAGUAAAUAUCACGAUCUGUGAUGCACCUUCUUAUGAGAAGGUCAAGGUGGUUGAACCAAUAUUACCACCACAGCCCGUGCCGCCUGAAAUAGAGCAACAGCGGGCUCUAAGUAUUAGCAAGGAUACUGAAGUGCAGAGAAAUUGCUUCCAAAAUAUUUUAAUGGCAUAUCUGGAAUUAGUCCUGACGUUUUCGCUGGAGAGGUUCCAACUGAUUCACCCAGUAUUGCAGAGUGGGUUCGUGCAACUCGCCAAAACUGUCACCGACCCACAACUACUCGAUAGAAUCAAUAUAUUUUUCGAUAAAAAAGACUUAUCUGAACUUAGCUAUAAGUGAUCAAUUAAUUGUGAUAUAUACUACUCACACUAUAAUAUUAUAUUCCUCGAUUGUUCGGUGUUAUGUGGAAAAUAAAUCAAAUUAAAAUCGA